UAGGGAAAUUAGGCUUCUAGUGUACUUUUUACUCGGACUAUCUCAAUUCCAUUAUCUCUCGAAUCAGUUUUUCGGCAUUUUGCUCUGCCCCGCCCCUCUUUCUCACCCACUUUUGCUAUUGCCCCACCUCCAUCAGUGACGUGUGACUAUUCCCUGGGGGGAGUCCCAGGUGGUAAAAGGGCCAUCCCCUUGGUCCUGGCUUCCUGCCCUUCGGCUCUUCCUGACCUAUUUGCGGAUCUGCUGUCUAAAAAAUUUUUUGGAAACCCCUACCCCAGGCACGUGCCCCGCCCUGCGGGGUUAGCGUCGUCUCCGCCCCGAUUCAGUUGGGGAGGGAGGUACCGCGGGAUCCGUCCGGCCACCUCACCCCCUUCUUUUCCUAGGUAAGACUUGUCGGGUCUUUGAGCUACUCCUCAAAGUAGCUGUCUGGGAUACCUACCUGGUGGGACUCGAGGGCAUCAGGGUGGAAAAGGGUUUGUUGGCCCAAGGUUAUGACCCCAGUUAAGUGUGACAGAGGAAACAGAACCAGAAUAUGAGGGAACACGGUGGGAACAGAGCGCCAAGAAAGCAAGAGGAAAGUUGGGAGAGAUGAUAUAUACAGGUGGAGGAAAAAUGAGGAAGCGGACUUCUAAGUGUAAACGGUAUAGAGGACAUAGCUUUUUGUACUCGACUUCCCCUCCCCCCUAAAAUGAUCCCCUGCCUCCCCCCGGGAGAGGAGACUCUUAUGAUCAAGAAGAGGACUGUGGCUGAGGAGAAGAGAGUCGGAGACACAACCAACCCCCAUCACACAGCCCCCAACCUGAAUCCUUUGCUGGGCCUCAACUCCAUAGGGAUCAAAUUCGGCCACCAGAGAUUAUGUUUGGCUGUGGAAAGCAAAAUCAAGGGGAUCAGACCCCAGUUCUCACCAAGAACCGCAAAAAGAGAAGGCGGGCAGCUGCUCCCUGGGAGUCUGACUAUAAGAAAGGAGCAGUAACUGAAAUGGCAGGGAAUUCUGGAUCUGGUAACUCGUUCUCCUUCAGAACCAUCUGGCACCCAUCAUUCUGUGAAUUGUUUGAUGCCCAGGCCAAUGACACCCAAUCCCUAGCUUUACCUGAAGUAAAAAGGAGUAGUGAGAGCUCCCAGAAUGACAAAGGUUUCCCAGCUCUUUGCUCCGAAGACUUUUUUUUCUCCGACCCUCUCUUGCCUUAUGUUGCUCGGAUUCCUCUUGGCCUGUCCCAACCUCCCCAGCAGAUCCUGAGGAAGUCUAGGCAGCUUCUUACCCCACCACCCAUAAUGUCUCCAAACCCAGCCCCUAUCUUGACUUGGCAGUAUGGUCCGGAAAUAACAGCUGUUACCUGCUUACUUGAGAUGAACCGAGGGGAGACCAAAUCUACCACUACCACUCCACAGUCCUCCCGAGGGGAGACCAAAUCUACCACCACCACACCAAUGUCCUCCCUAAGCCCACCCACUCAGACCACCUAGCCAAAAGUGGAUUCUAUCAUCACAUUCUCAUCCUAUGCACUUUUCAUUGCAAGUUGAGGAAAGCUACUCUUUUCUUGUUUGUAAUAUUAGUGUUGGGAAUGAAUAAAAGGGUUCCCCCUCUGCCCUUUUGCUGUAUUUGGUGUAUUGCUGUGGGGUUGAAUAAAGAGUUAGGGUAAUGUAUGCUUAACUGUCUCACUGUCAAAAUGCAUUAUAUUGUUAGGUGCUAACAAAUACAAAGAAUAAAAAUUCCUACUCAA